ACUCUUAUAAUUUCCUUCAAAGAUCCAACAAGAGAAAGAGAGCUAGAGAGAGCUAGAGAUGGGUGAGAUAGAACACAAAAGGCAAAAAAAGGUGACAAAAGUUAUACUUUCGAUUUCAUUUUUCUCUUUGUUCUUCACUCAAAUUUCUUGGCUUUAUCUCUUCCAUUCAUUGAAGUUCUACUUCUCAACAUUACCCUUUCAAUUGUUCACACACUCCAUAGACAAGAAUUGCAUGUUCCUCCUAUGCAAUGGGCUCCUAGUCUUUGUUGCAAAAGACUUUGGUUCGAUCAAUUUUUCAAAACCCAAACCCAAAUCAAAUCAAUCCCAUGAACCCAUCAAGGAUUAUCUAACUAUUAAUCCACAACCUCUUGAAAUUGAAGUACCACAAGAGAUGUCAUUGGGGGAGAGUACUAAUCAAAAUGCACUAGAGAAUCAAGAAGAAGUAAUUGUGAAAAUUCCAACCCAAGAGUUGAUGAUUGUUGAGGAUGGUGAAGAACAAGAAGGAGAUGAUCAUCAAAGUGGGCUCUUGUCCACAAAAUGGGUUCUCGUGGAUCAAGAUGUGGGAGAAGAAGAGAAGAGGCCACAUAGUGGAUUCUCCAAUAAUACCAUUGAAGGAGAGCAAGAAGAACAAGAAGCAGAAGAACUCAACAAGAAAUUUGAAGAGUUCAUUAGGAAGAUGAAGGAGGAACUAAGGAUCGAAGCAAGGAAAAAGCUAGUUAUGGUUUAGUGAUAUGACACCUAAUUAAGUCACAACUAUAGUAAUGUUUUGUAAAGAAGUUAUAUACACGAUCUUUUUUCUUGUUUUUUGUUUUGUUUAUGCUGCUCUUUUAGGUGUACAUAGGUGGACUUUACUAUAAUUAAAAACUAUAGUUUACUUAG